GGUAUUAAAGCAGAUACAUUUUAGAAGCUUUAGUGUUCAUGUCAACAAAAUGGAUGUAAUGAAGAUCAAAGAAGUUGCUGAAAGAGCAAAAGAAAUGGCAUUAUUGAGUGGUUUACAAAUGAGACCAGCAGAAUCUCCAUCCUCGUCAGAUCUGAUACAUCAUGGACCAUUUACUUUAUUCCCAAGUAAAAUUCCUAGUAAUCUUUUAUCCCAAGCAAAAGAAGCACAGAAAGAUUUUAACUUUAUGAUGCACAGAGUAGCACAUGAUCAUGAAUUUCUUUAUCAGAGUUUAAAAAAUGUAAUUAAGGUGGAUGAUUUUACCAAACAUUUAUGGGAUAUUUAUGAAACAAUUAGAAAGGAAGGGCCUGCACAGACUAAAAGCCUAGGACUCUUUAGAAAUGAUUAUAUGAUGGACACAGGAGGUACUACCAAUACAAAUAUGGACAAUCUGAAGCUAAAACAGAUAGAAUUUAAUACAAUAGCUUCCAGUUUUGGUGGAUUGGUGUCGCAGCUAAGAGAUGUACAUAGAUAUUCAUUGUCAGAGGCUGAUAUCCAGUUCAAAGAAGAUAAUAUGCCUGAUAAUAAUCCCGCCAAUGGUUUAGCAGGAGGUUUGGUAAUAGGUUGGGAAUCAUAUGGUAAACAAAGUGCAUAUGUUUUGUUUAUAGUGGAUAAAGUAGAGAGAAACAGAAUGGACCAACUUUGGUUAGAAAAGGAGGCAUUUGAUAUAAAUAGACAUUGUAAAGUUAUCUAUAGUACAUUUCAAGAAAUAGGAACUAACAGUGUGUUGAAUGAUUCAAAAGAAUUAUUUAUAGAUGGAAAAGAGAUAGCUGUUGUGUACUUCAGAUCUGGAUACUCUCCUGACCAAUAUAAAUCUCAGCAGGAUUGGGAUACAAGAUUGAAAAUAGAAAGGUCAAAGGCCAUUAAGUGUCCAACUGUACAUUACCAGUUAGCGGGAACAAAGAAGAUUCAACAAGAACUAGCUAGAACAGGAGCUGUGGAAAGGUUUCUAUCUGACCCUUUUGCAGUAAACAGAGUCAGACAGACAUUUAUAGGACAGUAUAGCUUAGAUAAGGGAUCUGAGGGUGAUGAAGUAAUAGAAAGAGCUAUAAAAGAACCAAGAAAGUUUGUAGUAAAGCCACAGAGAGAAGGUGGUGGAAAUAAUUUAUAUGAUGAACAAAUUCCUGAAUUUUUAAAAGAAAAUAGAGACUCUGAUGAAAGAUCUGCAUAUAUUAUAAUGGAAAGAAUUUUCCCAUUUGUUCAGAAGAAUUAUUUAGUGAAGAAAGGAGAGGAGUUAUUAUUGAGGAAUGUGGUCAAUGAAAUAGGAAUAUAUGGAAUUGUAUUAGGAUCAGAGUCAGAUAUUUUAGAGAAUAAAGAAAUAGGACAUUUAGUGAGAACUAAAAGUGAGGAUUCUAACGAGGGAGGGGUUGUUGUAGGUUUUUCUGUAAUAGAUACGCCAUAUCUUAUAUCUGAUAUCAAUGAAGCAUGGACAUUAUAAUUACUCGUAAUGAUCACUUGACCGUCAAAUUUAUUAUGGUAUACUGUGGUGCAUCCUAUUUUUUAAUUACAUUGAAUAUUUUUUUACAAUAAAAAAUGGCUUAAAAGGCUCUCAUUAUUAAAAAAAAAAAAUUGUCUUUAGGCCAGGAUUUUUUAAUUUGUUGGUUUACGGAUCCGCCGACCCGAUUUUGCCGAUUUCCAAAAUAAAAAUAAAAUCGAAUUUUCAGGCUUUUUUUUAUUCUCGCCGACCCUAACAAAUGCAUUAUCCCUGAAAAAUAAUUAAAAUAUACUUUUUUUAUGAAAUGAAAUGCAUUAAUCACUAACAGAAGUGAUGACACUUUCUGUUGUGAAAAAUGAAACUUUCAGUUUACGUUUCUAAAAAUAGACAAAUCAAUUAUUAAUGACCUUGAAAUGUCGUUUGCGCAAAUAAUUUUGCGGAACGAAACCUGUGUUUAAAACCAAUUACACAAUAAGUUCGUUUCCCUUAUUUGUCACCAGUCCGUAAGAUGCAUGUUCUCACAUAAAUAGACUUGUCCAAAUGUGGACAGGUGUUCAAGACAUCAAGUUAAAAUACUGAAUUUUAACAAAUCAUUUGAUAUUUUCUUGUUUUAUAGAUAAAAAAAAAUAUCGUUCAUUUGGAUAAAAAACGGGAAUGCAUGACAACAGAUUAAUUAACCUGAUAUUCUCAUUUUUCCAGUGGACGAGUCUAUAAGGUUUUUGACACGUGUGUUGAAACUUAUUUUCGUACGACGUUUUUACUUUUUUUUUCCUUUAUCAGUUUUCGUGCUUAUUAUUUUUCACCAAGUUUUGAUUAAAAGCGAAGUCAAAUAACUGACGUGAAUCUGUUUUUCUUCGUCUGUGUCAGUGUACACCCCCUUUUUACUACGGGAAAUUAUUAGACAAUGUCAUGCGAUGUUUACAGCUGAGCAAUAAUAUUUCAUCAAACUAAAAUUUAAGAUUGAUGAAAAAAUAGUAUGACAAACAUAUUAUUAGGAAGGUGAAAUAUAUUUUUAUUUUACAUAUCAGUUUUCUGUCUUGAAAGAUCUUUUUUUUUUCUUUAUUUUUCCGACCGACCGACCCGACUUUUUCAUGGAGAAAAUCCGUAAACCAACAAAUUAAAAAACCGUGGCCUUACCAAGAUGGCAAUUUAUAAUUCAUCCCAAAUAAUAGACAAAUGACCUGCAAGUAACUCAGUUUACAUUUGGGCGAUUCUCUUCCAUAUUUUUCAUAAAAUAAGUAUGAAAACUUACAUUGCUAGUAAUAGGCUUUAUUUUUGAAAUUUAGCUCUUUUUUUUCCUUUUUUUCGUACUAUGGGUACUGUAAUAGGACAUUUAGAGGCCAAGUGUAUCAUAUACUCUUAUAGCAGAAUUUUACUUUUAUUUGGUAUAUAAAAAGACUUAAUUUAUAAUGUUUAUUAAGCAGAUUCCUAUAUAUUAUAGUACAAAUAGAUGAGGGAAAAUUGUAAGCAUAAUACUAUUAAUCAUUAUCAAAACUAUCUCAAGUUUUUAUUGCAUUUAAUAUGACAUGGCAUGCAUGAUGGGCAUGCAGACUUACCCCUUUCUUAAGUAUCCACUUUUAUAUAAAUAUAUGAUGUCUCCAAUUUCUAUUUUAUUAUAUCCUAUACAUAGAAAUCAAUGAUUCUAUAUAAUGGAAUUUGAUAUAACAAUUUUUGUUAUUAAACCAUUUUAAAUGGGCGUAUUGCAUUUCCGCUAAUUUUUCUUAUUCCCAAUAUUACGUUUCUGCAAAUUUAAAGUAUACGUUUCCGCAAUAUGUAUUUAUUACUUUUCUAGAAAUUUAGAUGAAUUAUCUAUUUUAUUUUUUUAAUAAAGAAAAUGUUCUGAUCUUAUAUCUACAAUAUACUAGAUAUAACUAGUUGACUCUGGUAACGAUUAGUUAAACUUUGGCUUACUUAACAACUGACAUGAUUGAAAAAUGCUUUGUUGAAUUAAUAGCCGAUGCUCCAUCUGACGAUAAAUGCUCGAAGUUUGCUGAAUAUAUUUUGGGCAUCACCUCCUGACAUGGAGGAAAAGAGAAUAUUGUGUCAAGCCUUUUCAUGUUCACCAUUAAACAGUACAAUAUUUUUUCAUACCAGAAAUAGAAGAAAUGUCACUGGUUUAUUUGUUUUAUAUUUGAUUAUAUUUUUACUGUGGAUCAUUUUCAUUUUCUGAUAUAAACACUAAAAAAAUGUAAUAUUUUGGUUAACAAAUUUGCAAUGUAUUUCAACAAAACUGAAUUGGGUAUAGAAUAUUUGUUCCAACAGGAAUAGAAAUUGUGGCAUUAUUUAUAACAAAGUUUCCAGGGUAUCUUCUGUUAGACAAAACAGAAAAUAUAUGUUGAUACAUGUAGUACCAAGCAAAAUGCUUAUUUAAAAAUAAAAAAUUAUUGUAAUGUUUAA